AUGGAUAAUCUGCACCAGCAGAAUGAAGCACGGGUUUGUCGUUGCCCCUCACCCGCCCCCCGAGAGCUUCCCAAAUCACAGCUCCGGCACUAUGAAAAACGAUCGAGUGUCUCCAGCGUGUGUCGUUGCGUGCUGGAGGAUAUCACUCGUAGCCUAGGUGCGGAAAGCCAUUUUGAAUACGGCGUUUGGCAGCCCCAUAUGCACCUUAGAGGUAAUAAAAGCGUUGUAUUGCCAGGGUCAGACGUCUCCGCGGCCGCUGAAGUGAAAUUGCUCCACGCUGCGACCCAGAGUAUCAGUCUGCUGAAAACGUGCCUAGACACAUUAGAAGCACAGGGGAUCGUAGUGACUAGUUCCACCGUGCGAUACUUACCGGAACCUUCUGUUUCCAAUAUGGGAUAG